AUGACGAGUCUGAAGCACUCUAGAAAGAAAGAGACCAAGGGAAUCGAAAUGAACCACGAUCAACAAUCACUUAUCGCUCCGUGCGGCAUUUCAAUCAUAAAGUCGAUCGAGCUCACCUACUCUCAGUUCCUCGACAUGUACUCAAAAAGCAAGUGGAACUUGUCUAAAGUGCCAUGCCCUCCGUGUAUCAAAACCAAAGGUUUCAUGGUGGCACCGGGGAGCUACACAGAGAGAAUCAGAGCCAAAGAGACGGAGCCUUUUCUUGAGCUUCCCCAUUGGGACGACAGCCUGCUCUUCAAGCCAAUCGCAUCAAGGAUCAGAAAAGACCAUAAGGUUGCCGGCUUGACGAUUUCGUUAAUUCACAAAACGAAGGUCCAUGUCAAACAUGAGACUAGAAUGCACUUCAGUGAGGUGCCAAGGAGCGUCUCUUUAGACUCCCAUGCCAUACUAUCAAAAGACAGCUUCUAUUUACUUGAUGCAAGCAAAGAUUGGAGAACAGCGAGGAAUCCUUUUGUUGUCGGACGGCCAAACAUACGGUUGUAUUGUGGUGUUAGACUUAUGAGUUCGAAGAACGAACCGAUCGGAAUCUUAGCCGUGUUCGACACAUGGGCUAGGACUUCAAGACUGGAAAGUAUGGUUCGUGACCUCCAGGCAGCGGCAAAAGAAAUAAUGAAGAAAUUGAAUACGCCCUACGAGCAGAUUCUUAGGGACCGCAAACAUCUCGAGAAUCCUACUCGUGCUAACACAGCGACGAGUGAAGUAGAUGAAGGGUUGAAGCAACUCAGUCUCAAAUUGGGAAGGGCAACGAGUAGGGUUUGUCCCGUCACGGUGUUUGAGAAGGAUGGCUCCGGGAAUCCGUAUUCCCAGAACAAUCAUUUCACUCUGGUAUUCGCUGAAGAAAACGAGGAUACUAAGAGCAAGUGUCUCAACAAUACGCAGAAGAAAACUUUGUUUAGGAUGAUGUCUAAAGUUAGAGACAUGAGGAAAGCUUCUGAGCUAAUGUGCGAGACCAUCGCAGCCUCCUUCAAGGCAGAUUUUGUCUUCAUUAUGGAGAUCAGAUCAGCAGAGUUGUAUUCCAUUGACAGUGAGUAUUUUCCUAAGGGUGUAACCAAGAUCGACACCGAGCUCUUCAAGUACGCCCACAAGCUCGUCAAGAACAAGCGAGCCCCAGAAGGAGCAGAUAAGAUCCUGACAAGGGUUCUUGGUACCCAUGGUGCUACUUACACAACGGUAAAGGCUGAUCAUGAUCUAUUCAUGAAGGCGUUUCUGAGUGACUUUGGUGUUCAUUACACUAAUGCAAAGAGAUCAACCAAAUUUAACAGCGGUAUCAUCAUGCCCUUCUAUCGUUACAACUCGAAGUUGGUGAAGAAGUCGAGCAAGAAUUCCAACCCAAAUGUGGUGGAGGUGUACUUGAGGGCAGGGGGAUAUUUGGUUGGAGUCAUGCUUGAGUCGACCGAAAGGGGUCAGUACUCACCAUCCCUGGUGUCGAAAAUCUUUGACCACAUGAGCUUACUCCGUAAGAUAUAUAUCGCAUGA